CCUUACAAUCGAUAACUAGCCCCAACAUCGAUAAACGCUCUCUUCGGCCCAACAGCUGCGGUCACACUUGGAGACCUCUGCUGCUGCUGCUGCGAAAGAAUUAUCAUUCAUUGUGUUUUGCGUAGUGAAAGGCUUUGUCCGUUGACAUUGGCACUCGCACCCAAAAGAAUUCACUGCAAACCCAGCCACAGUCAUCGCCAUCAAACCACCCAUUCACUCAGUUAAAGUCAAAGUCACAGCAGUGUCGCAGCAGCAGUCGUCGUCAUGUCCCAGGCUUUGAACAAUCCCGCUGGAGGCGGAGGACCGCGUCGCGACUAUGGAGCCACAGCGGAGAACACCACCCCGGAGGUGAGCUUUGCGUCUGCAGGCGGCUCCUCGGGAUUCAGCCCCACAGAGUUUAUGACCCUCAGCGAAGAUAUCGGACACAACAUCACCGCGGUUCACAGCAGCAGCAAGCAACUGGAGAAGCAACUAAAGCUGAUCAACACGCCGCGAGAGCAAGCGGCUCUGCGCGAAAAGGUGCACUCCAUCAACAUGAAGACCAAUGCCCGGAUUCAGACCACCAGUCAGGACUUGCAGCGGCUGCAGGCUGUCGUCCGGCACGGUGAUAAACAGCAGAGGCUGCAGUUGGAGAAGUUGACGCAAGAGUUUCAAGGCGUGGUCGAAAAGUAUUCCAGCACACAGAAGCGCAUAUCCACCGCCAUGCGCCAGACCCUGCGGCAAGCCCAGGAGUCCGAGCACGAGUCUGAGGCAUUGGCUCGCGAGGAGCUGCUCCAACAGCAGCGUUUGGAGGAAGCCGGACUGCAGCAGGAGCAUGACUUGCUGGUGGAACGGCAGCGCCAGGUCGAGCAAAUCGAAUCGGAUAUCAUCGAUGUGAACCAGAUAAUGACAAAGUUGAGUGGGUUGGUGCAUGAGCAGGGUGAACAGUUGGACUUCAUCGAGAAUACCAUUGAGAGGACGGCCACCAACGUGGAGGAGGGAGCCUCAGAGUUGGCCAAGGCGGCCAGGAGUCGCCAGAGCUAUAGGUGCAAGAUCCUGAUACUUCUGGUGAUUGCUGUGAUAAUAGGCUUAGUUGUAACUGGCAUUAUUGUUGCCAAACUGAACAGUUAAUUGUUUUAUUUAUAUAUAUACAUACGUACAUACAUACCACUCGGAAACAUACACCCCCACAUACACACACACAUGCAUACAUUUUUGUAAAACAAUUUUUUUAAAGAACAAAAUUGAAACGUUGAAGAACUCUGUUUAAUCACCAAGUGAGCAAAGACAACAAGUAGUGAAAAAAAGCUAAAUAAACUAACAAAAUAAAAAAUA